AUGCCGAGCAAAGCACGUACCAAGACAACAGAUACUUACGUACGAGUACAACACGAGAUCAAUGUAAUUUUUUUUUCACCACAUAAAAAUAUCAAACGCAAUGCAAUCAGCAUACAUCAUCAUUCUUCUUGCGAUUUAAGUUAUUAUAGUUUAAUGAAUGUAAGGCAUGACGUGUGGUGUCUUGUCUCGUUAAAAUUAUAA